AUGCACAUGUUUCAAUUCUCCCUCCGUGAUAAAGCAAAGCAUUGGUUGACAACGGUUGAAGAGGGAUCAUUGAGUACAUGGGACGAAGUCACUAGAGCCUUUCUUGGAAAGUAUUGUCCUCCGGAAAAGACCGCCGAAUUAAGAAGAAAGAUCACUAAUUUCAAUCAAGACAUUGAUGAAACAUUGAGUGAAGCUUGGGAGCGUUUCAAAGAUUACACAAGGAAAUGCCCCCACCAUGGUUUUACAUCAUGGAUCAUUGUACAAAGCUUCUCUGACGGUCUUACUCCUAUUUCAAGGGCCAACCUUGAUUCUGGGGCCGGUGGUAGCCUCAAAAAGCUAUAUGUGGAUGAUGCAUAUAAGAUGAUUGAGGAAGUGGCCAAGCAUUAUGCAUAUGGAAGUGAUCGAAGGGAACCUCAAACAAAGAAGGGCGGAAUUCAUGAUCUUAGUGCAAUAGAUCUUAUUGCAUCAAAGUUCGAUAUGCUAGCUCACAAGCUAGAUCAAGCCACCCUCACACCAUCAUGCUCUUCCUCACAAGUCAUGUCUUGUGAGACUUGUGGAGGAAAUGAUCACUUGUCUUCUUAUUGCAACUCAACAAAUCAAGAGCAAGCGGCGGCAAUUGGGCAAAGAAAUGAGCAAUACUCCCGAUCCUACAACCAAAGUUGGAAACCCCAACAAAACACGGGAUGGAAGCAACACAACCAAGGCCCCCCACAAAACAACUACAACCAAAACCAAAACCAACCUCAAAACCACUACAACCAAUCCCAUUCUCAAAAUCAACAAGCUCCAUACCGCCACCCUAACCAAAGGGAUCAAAACCAUCAAAGAUCACAAUAUAACCAACCCACUCCUCCUCCUCCACCUCCUCAAAAGACUAGCCUUGAAUCCGUUCUUGAAACUUUCAUGGCACAACAAAUAAGGAGGAAUGCAUAUGUGAAUGCAAACAUUCGACAACUUCAAGCGCACAAUAAGAUAAUGGAGAGCCAAUUGGCUCAAAUUGCACAACAAGUUGGAAGUUCAUCCUCCAAUCCUAGUGGUCACUUUCCAAGCUCAACGGUAGUGAACCUAAAGGAGCAAGCUAAGGCUAUUACUUUGAGAUCGGGAAGAGGUUAUGAGGGCCCGGUUAUGAGUGAAGAAGAGCCACAAAAGACAGAUGAGGGAGUUGUGGUAAGAGGUGAGGAUGAUUUUGAAAAUGAAAUAGUUGAAAUUGAGAGAAAAGAGAAACAAAAGAGUGAUGAGGGAGCCACAAAGAAAGAUGAGGGAGAUGAAGAAAGAAUAGAAAAGCCCCCUAUGAGAGUAUAUAAGCCCCCCAUUCCGUUUCCUCAUAGAAUUGUAGAGAAAAAGUUGAAUGAGAAUAUUUCAAAAUUUCUUAAAGUCAUGAGAGGACUUCAAGUGAACAUCCCAUUUCUUCAUGCUAUGUCACAAAUGCCUACCAAUGCAAAAUUUUUGAAGGAUCUUCUAUCCAACAAGAGUAGGUGUGAAGAGAGUGCAACCAUCUCCCUUCCUAAGGAGGUGAGUGCAAUCAUUCAAAACAAGCUUCCCCAAAAGCUUGGUGACCCCGGUAACUAUGCAAUACCGGUGAAGAUUGGAGAUUUGGAAGCUAUGGAUGCUUUGUGUGAUCUUGGGGCAAGUGUGAUCUUGAUGCCCUAUUCUAUUGCAAAGAGCUUGAAAGUUGGAGACUUAAAACCAACAAGAAUGUCCUUACAACUAGCCGACCGCACGAUUAAGCUACCUUUGGGGAUUCUUGAAGAUGUGCCGAUUCAAGUUGGAAGAGUAUUUGUUCCAUGUGAUUUUGUGGCUAUGGAAAUGGAAGAAGAUACAAGAGUACCCCUCAUUUUGGGGAGAAAAUUUUUGAACAUCGCAGGAGUGGUGAUUGAUAUGAAAGAAGGAAGAUUGACUUUCAAUGUGGGAGAUGAGAAAAUUUCAUUUUCAUUCUUACAAACUUUGAAGAAGCCAUUGAUUGAUGAAGUUCAUAGAAUUGACACAUAG